CUCUCACUCGACUCUCUUUUCAUGUCUUCAAUCGACCCCUUUCCUUCAGGGCCUCACAAAACCCUAAUUCUUGCUUCCGGUUCUGACUUCUUUCACAUACCUCAUUCCCUUAUUACCUUUUCUUCUUCCUAUUCACGCGUUUCUGGGUUCUCUGCUCAAAAUGACUGAUUCUAAGCUAUUUUUAUUCGGUUCUUUCUCUGAAGAUGAGACGAAGUCGUUGCUUCUAAACCAAUCACUGGGGAAGCCUUCACCAGUGAAGGAUGAAAAGCCAUUGGAAACAAAUGUAUUGCAGUUUGGUUCGAUAAAUUUUGUUACGGAUAAAGCAUUAGUCGAGUUGAAUCGUGAAUCAUGUAGACCACAAAGUUGUUUGAAAGUACCCAGCAAAUUGGAGUCUGUAAAUGAAAAUAAUACGCGCAAUGGAGUGAAGACUGCAGAAACAGUAGAUGGUAAUUUAGUAGGAUCAGUAGCACUUCCGACACAGAAUGGGUGUGCUGACCAUUACAGUCAGAGUUCUACUCAUAGUAAUGGCGUGAAAGAGAUUACGGCGGAUGAUGUUGAUUUAUCUUCAUCACAUCUAUCACAUAAUGAAGGUGGUCUCACAAAUCAAUUUUCGAGUUUGGAAUUGCAGAGCAAAGAGCAGAAUGGUAGUGUUGGUUAUCUAUCGGUUUCCAAUUCAAAGGGUGAACUCCAAAAGUCACUGAAUGGGCCUGCCACAGUCUGUACAAGUUUGUUGCCUCGUGGUUUAAUCAACUCAGGAAAUCUCUGCUUUCUUAAUGCAACUCUGCAGGCUCUCCUAUCCUGUUCUCCAUUUGUUCAACUUGUUCACGAAUUAAGAACUCGCAACAUCCCCAAGAUUGGCUAUCCCACAUUGUGUGCAUUUGCCGAGUUUGUCUCUGAAUUCAACAUGCCUAGUUCAAGUGCAAAGAAUAAAGAUACAAGUGUUGUUGAGACUGGUAGGCCUUUUAGCCCUGCCAUGUUUGAAGGUGUUCUUAAAGCUUUUACUCCAGAUGUACCAAGUACCAUAUCAGGCAGGCCAAGACAAGAAGACGCUCAGGAGUUUCUUAGCUUCAUUAUGGAUCGGAUGCAUGAUGAGUUACUUAAGCUUGAAGGACAAUGCUCAUUCUUAAAUGGUAGCAAAUCAUCUAUUGUAUCUUCUGCAGAAGAAGAUGAAUGGGAGACGGUUGGCCCAAAGAAUACAUCUGCAGUAACUAGAACACAGAGUUUUGUCCCGUCAGAAUUGAGUGAUAUUUUUGGAGGACAAUUAAGAAGUGUGGUGAAGGCAAAAGGAAAUAAAGCUUCUGCUACUGUACAACCAUAUUUAUUGCUUCACCUUGAUAUUUAUCCUGAUGCUGUUCGAACAAUUGAAGAUGCGCUUAAGCUGUUUUCUGCUCCAGAAACUCUCGAGGGAUAUCGAACAUCAGCUGCGGGCAAGGCUGGUAUUGUGAGUGCAAGUAAAUCAAUAAAGAUACUAAAGCUUUCAAAGAUAAUGAUAUUGCACUUGAUGCGUUUUGGUUAUGGAAGUCAAGGAAGCACCAAGUUGCAUAAGCCUGUGUACUUUCCACUUGAAUUGGGGAUUGCUCGUGAAUUACUUGUUUCUCCAACUUCUGAGGGACGAAAAUACAAACUUGUUGCGACAAUUACUCAUCACGGGAGAGACCCCUUCAAGGGGCAUUAUACAACCGAUGCUCUCUAUAAUGGUCAGUGGCUCCGGUUUGAUGAUUCAUCUGUCGCAGCAAUUGGGACCAAAAAAGUGCUGCAUGACCAGGCAUAUGUCCUUAUCUACAAGCAGUUGUAGAAGGACAAUUGGGAUUAGUACUUUUGCAGGACUGAACUUAUUUUAUGGGAGGUUAUAACCUUUCCUUCUACAGAAACUUCUCAUUACUAUCAUCGGUGUAAUUUAUGCAGUUGAUUAAGUCACCACUUGGGAUCCUGUAUGGUUUGCGGUGAAUACCCUUUCCCUUCCCCAUGUGGCUAGAAAAUGAUUGUAACAAUACUCCAGAACCUUCAUGGUUCAGUACAGCAAUUUUGUUUUUUUCAGGUGUGGUGAUGUAAUAUAUGAAAAGAUGCUGCUGCUCUGCAAUUAUAUCUUUACCAAAUCCCAAUGCUGUCAU